GUGGGGCGGCAAUCUCGCGCACCUCACUCGCGGCGCGCCUCCUACUUGAGGCUGUGGGAAGAUGGCGGACGCGGCUCGGCUGGGCUGUCACCACUCCGGGGCUCUCUUCACCCUGUCCAAAGAAAACGGCGAGCCGGCCGCCAAAAAGCUGCGGACGGAGGUAACCAAUGGCGGGCAGCCGUUACCGGGCGAGUGCGAAGGGAUGUCAGAAGUGUCGUCCGCGCCUGGCAGCCUGCAGGAGGGAGAGGCCUCUGCGGAGAGAGCGGCUGGGCUCAGGGCGCACAAUAGCUCGGCGCUUCCGGGCCUUCUUCCUGUGGACAGGCGGCAAGAGGGAAUGGUCCUGCCCGAGGAGGAGGAGCGGCACACCGGAGGCGACCUGGCCGGACAGGCGGCUGGAUAUGAAGAAAGUAUUCACUUAGAUGAUGAACUUGCUGGAGGAUUCCAUUCAUGUGACAGUGAUGAAGAUGACAGAGCUUCCCAUGCCAGCUCCAGUGAUUGGACUCCUAAGCCAUGUAUAGGACCAUACACGUUUGUUCAGCGGCACCUUAUGAUGGGCACAGAUCCUAGGACCAUUCUGAAAGAUCUGCUUCCAGAAUCUGUAGCACCUCCAGAUCUGGAUGAUAUGACUCUGUGGCAGAUUGUGAUCAAUAUACUCUCAGACCCUCCAAAAAGGAAAAAACGCAAGGACAUUAAUACCAUUGAGGAUGCUGUGAGACUACUGCAAGAAAGCAAGAAAAUAAUGGUUUUAACUGGAGCAGGGGUUUCAGUUUCAUGUGGGAUACCAGACUUUAGAUCAAGAGAUGGCAUCUAUGCACGUCUUGCCGUGGAUUUUCCAGACCUUCCAAAUCCCCAAGCCAUGUUUGAUAUUGAAUAUUUUAGAAAGGACCCAAGACCAUUCUUUAAAUUUGCAAAGGAAAUCUUUCCUGGACAAUUCCAACCAUCUCUCUGCCACAAAUUUAUUGCUAUGCUGGAUAAAGAGGGAAAGUUGCUUAGAAAUUAUACUCAGAAUAUAGAUACACUGGAGCAAGUCGCAGGAAUAAAACGGAUUAUACAGUGCCACGGAUCAUUUGCCAUGGCUUCCUGUUUGAUAUGCAAAAAUAAAGUAGACUGUGAAGCUGUAAGGGAGGACAUAUUUAAUCAGAUUGUGCCACACUGUCCAAGGUGUCCACCAGACGAGCCACUUGCAAUCAUGAAACCGGAUAUUGUCUUCUUUGGGGAGAAUUUACCAGAGGAAUUUCACAGGGCGAUGAAAUAUGACAAGGAUGAGGUCGACCUUCUUAUUGUCAUUGGUUCGUCAUUGAAAGUGAGGCCAGUUGCUCUAAUACCAAGUUCAAUCCCUCAUGAAGUGCCUCAGAUAUUGAUCAACAGAGAACCAUUGCCUCAUCUGCAUUUUGAUAUUGAACUACUUGGUGACUGCGAUGUUAUUAUAAAUGAAUUGUGUCAGAUGCUACGUGGAAAGUAUACAGAACUAUGUACCAGUUGUAUGAAACUUUCACAAAUCGUAGAAAAGCCUCCCCGACCAAGCAAAGUAAAUCUAGUUGUGCCAGAUACAGUACUACCCAGGCCAUUUGGUACUGGUCAAAAUAUAUUUUCACAAGAUGGGUUAGCUCACCCAGAACUACCACUCACUCCACCCCUUGAAGAAUGUCAGUCUUCAGAAAGUGAAUCUGAACCACCUCAGAGUGAAACAGGAAAAUUGGGUCUAGGAUCUGCUGAUGGAAGAGCCAGUAUAACGCAGCUGGAGUUGCCAGAGUCUGUAAGUGAGGCUCCAGUCAGCAAUGAUGAGGAUUCUGAAAAGAUUGUUACAGAGAGCAGUAUUGAUCCAUCCAGGACGAGUCUGACAAGUAAAGCUACAAAGGAACAGAUCAGCAAACGUCUGGACGGUACACAGUAUCUAUUUUUGGCCCCAAAUCGCUAUAUCUUUCAUGGCGCAGAGGUGUUUUCGGAUUCUGAAGAUGACCUGUCAUCCAGCUCAUGUGGAACAAACAGUGACAGUGAAUCACUACAAAGCCCAAGUUUACAAGAACCAGUUGAUGAGGACAGCGAGAAUGAAGAUUUCUACCGUGUCAAAUUUGACAAUGACUCUGACAUAGAACACAGAGUUGGGCUUGAGGAAGAGUCUGAAGUAAUUGUAAUACGUGAAAAUAAUGAGGUUUUAGCAAAUGACGAUACAUCAACAAAAUUAUAGUAUAGACAUUGCCUUACAUCUUCUGAACACCAGCAUUAAGGAUUGAAACUGGACAUUAAAAAGCAUGGGAAUACGUGGACUCGAGAGCAUGCAAAACACAAAUGUCAAAAAGUAUAGUAAAACACAAAUAAAUGGUCGUAAGAAUUUUUAAAUAACUUUAUAUUCACUCUAAACCAUUCUGUAAUUAUUUUUGUAACUGACUUUUUCCUGUCUGCGUAGUGGUGGAACUUCUUAUGCAGUAUUGUGGUUAAAAAUUGAUGUAUCCUUUUAGAUACAAGGUUUUUUGUUUUUUGUUUUUCUUUUAUGACAAAACUACUAUUGAAGAUAUUUAAAUGUAAGGUUUAAGUUAAAGGAGCAGCUAAAAUAGGCCAAAGACAAGGUUUUGUCAUUACUUUUUUGAGUAGCAGUACAUUGACCAAUGCUAACAAAAGAAAACACAUCACUUUUACUUUUUUCUGUACUUUUUUUAUCUGACAACUUCAUGUUUUCUAGUCUAUUAUUAUUAUUAUUAUUAUUCCUUAACUAAAUUAGUUAUUUUUCAGCAUUUUAGUUUUUGUAAUUUGGACUUAUUGACUUAUUUGGGUUAACAAUGAGCCAAUGUAAAUGAGAACAUUUUCUUUUCUUAACUUUUUUUAAAAAUCUAUAUGAAUGUGUAAGUACAGUUCUCCAUAACGCUAUACAAAUGGAUGCUUGGCUCUCUGAGUAAAUGCAACUGUUCCCGCGAUAUUCAUGUUCUGCAGCUUUUUCUGUUCACUGAAAAAUAUCAGAAUUUAUUUUCCCCUGUUUUGUGUCGAAACUGUGCCUAAUUUAUUUUCCCCAAGUUUUUGUUGUCUGUAUGGGGAGAGCUUUUUCCCUCUGGUAGAGUUUGUAUCAGAGUUCUUUCAAUAAAAAGUCUAUCAUCUUAUUAUGCAAUUUUCCUGUAGUAUGUGAUCUUGAUACAUAUUGAUAUUUCGAUAUUUAUACUUUGGAAUGUAUCUGUACAGUUUUUUGAAGAAAAUGUAACUUUUUAUGCAUUUGAAUCACGUGAUCCCUUCUUGACAAGUGAAAGUAUGUUUCUCCUUCCAUAUUAAAGUGUGUGUUACUUGU